AUAGACUGAACGAAGUACCAGACAUCCAGUCAGUACUCAACCCUCAAGUUUUUCAUAGGAAUUUGGACAGUGCAAUGUUAUUUCAUUAUUAGACGAUGAAUGUGGUAGGCUACGUUGCGGAUAUGUUUGCGUAAAUUUCAAAUAUUUAUUGAAUGACUCAAUUGACGAAAACUGUUACUUUCGUGGCAAUUCUAUAAUAAUAUCUAUAUUGUUUAGGUUUCUAGUUGGGAGGACUCAUAGAAUUUGUCUCCAGAUUUAUUAAAGCUUUUGUACAUUUUUUCUCCCGUAAAACCAAGAGAAAACGAAGAUAAAGUUGUAUUGUCUAUUAUUAUUACCUCCCUCAUCCUUUCAUUUUUAUUUGGACCUGUUCAUCUUUUAUUUCGGUGUACAUAACUCGUUUUGGUGUGUGAGUGUGUGUGUCCGUGUGUACUUGCGCGUGUGUGUUCGCCUGCACGCGCUGUGUAGCGGAUGUGGCAAACUAAUGAGAGCCGCUGAUAUUGUCCUACAAUUGGAGAGUUUCCUGCUUUUGUUUGGAGACCCAGGCACCUCCUCUGAAAAAGUGUUCCUUCAGAAGCUAAAGGAACUUUGCGCGUGGAAGGGAGUCGGUGUUAACUUCUUAUUUAUUUUCUCUAAAUUAUCAUAUUUGAAAGUUAUUGAAGCUCUUGGAGCGUUAUUUUUGUUACUGUGUGGUUCAAUGAUAAAAUAGGAUAUUUCCCCGAUAUGAGGAGUUGAACAAUCUGAGUUUUGGAGACAAGAAGAAAGGCCUUGGGAUGGCCGGUGCUCUGGCUCUCCUCUCCGCUUUAUACAGCGCAUCAUCUUCCGCUGAACUUUCUUAUUCCGUAUUGGAGGAUUUAAAACCGAGGUCCUUUGUCGGGACACAGUGAAGGACUUGGGCCUCGGCGUACUAAUUCAUGUGAACUGAAACCCACAAGUUGUGUCUGAAUCUUUUGCCAAGUAUUUUGACGUGAACGCGAGUUUUAGUAAUCAAACAAACUAUGGACAGAGAACGUCUUUGUGCAUUAACUUUGCCAUGUUCUCUUACUGUUCAAAUUGUUUUUCAAAACCCUCAGGAAUUCCACCGUUUUGUCAUAAAAAAAGAUUUAUCUUGAAGUAUCUGAGGCUACCGUACCGGGCACCGGGUUUUGUUUGGACAGUACACCGGAUCUAGAUGUAGACAUCAACUCAUUACGCACAUUCAUCCUCAGUCGUAUUGAAAGUUGAAUCAAAAAGUGAUGGCAGGAAAUCCCCCGAGUUAUUACUGGAGAAACCUCUGGACAGUGAAAAGCAGUCAGUAUUCCACCUGCUGCUUGCUGCUGUAGAUGGUAGACAACCUGAGAAAUCAGGGACUACUUCUGUUCUUAUUAAUAUACUAGAUGUCAAUGGCAAUGCUCCAGUACUUGACCAGCUAAUGAAAACAGCUAGUUUAAUGGAAAACUCUCCACCAAGCACAUUAUUGACUAAACUCAGGGCAUCUGGCUCUGAUUCUGGUCUUAAUGGGGAGAUAUCUUAACUCUUUAGUAAUAUAUCUUAACUCUUUAGUAAGUACGGAUUUCACCUGUCUUCGGGUGAAAUCCGAGUGAAAGGAGAGGUGGAUUAUGAAAUGGCUGACAGUUAUGACAUCACUGUGAAUGCCAGGGCCCCCGCCAUGGGAGGCUCCUGUCACAUUCAAGUCAAAAUCAAUGACAUGAAUGACAACAAGCCAAAGAUAAUCAUAAAUGCAUGGUCCAGGAGGACGUAUAAUCAGACACUGUCAUAGCCUUGAUCACUUGUAGAAAUGGGGAGGUUGACGUCCGCAUUCCCUCUGGGUUUUAAUUUAUGCCCUGGUUACAGACGGCCCUUUGGACCGAGAGGCUGUGACUGAAUACACCAUCACCAUGACAGCCACAGACUCCGGCUCUCCCCCUCGCUCUGCACUACAGCCCAUUGUGGUCGCUCUUCCAGGUGUAAAUGACAAUGCCCCCCUCUUCUCCCAGUCCUCCUACUCUGUUGAUAUAGCGGAGAACAAUGCCCAUGGUGCUCUCCUCCUGACUGUGACUGUGUUCGACCAGGACCUCGGCCAGAACGCCCGCCUCUCCUUCUCCAUCCUGGAUCGUGAGGUGCAAGGCUCGGCCGUGUCCUCUUUGGUCUACGUAAACUCUGAGAACGGCGACCUGCAUGCCAUUCGUGCCCUCGACCAUGAGCAGGGGAAUGUGUUCCAGGUGCAGGUUAAGGAGGCGGGGAUAACCGUACAGAGCUCCAUUGUGACCAUGCAUGUGUUUGUGAUCGAUGAGAAUGACCACGCACCUGCCCUGAUCUAUCCCGCUCCGCCCCCAGACGGUGUGCUGCAGCUGUCUGUACCCCUCUCGGGCUGGUUUAGGACACCUGGGGCCUCAUUUAUAAAAUGGACUUAGGAUCUAUUUUGAUCUUAAGUAUGACUUACGCAGAAAACCACGUGUAAGUAGUUAUUUAUAAAACCUUACUUUGACGUGGGAAUUAUCUUAUCUCUACGCAAAGUCUAGACUUGACGUAAGUGAUUUUCCUGCUGGUUAUGUAGGGAUAUUCUUUUUUUCCCUUGCAGUUUAAGGUCAGACACUUUCUUUUUCACAUCAGCCACAGUUCUGUCUUGCUGCCCCACCUCGUUCACUCGAGUGGCGACACACUCCCAAGCUACCUGUUUGGCUUUGUUUGUCAACCCACUAUUUAGUCCACUGAAUAAUAUGUGUUGCCUGUCUUCAAUCUCCUCUACCAUCGCCGUGAUCUCGUCUUCCAAAAAGUUUGCUUUUCUCUUUUGAUCCAUGGCUAAUCCUGACUAAACCCUCAUUUGUGCUAGCAUUCUAUAAAGGGAAAUUGCGGAUUGUAAGGCACGUUCAGGUGUCGUCAAUUUGAAGUUAAUUUGAGAUUUACAGAUCACAGGUGCAUAAGUUACAAAUGGACUUCUUAGAACCUGCGUAAGCAAGGUUGUUUAUGCUCAGUAUCUUUUAUGAAUCCAACGUAAGCACACCGUCUGAAAUGAUCUUACGACUAAGUUCAAAUAUAAAUCUAAGAACAUUUUUAUAAAUGAGGCCCCUGGUCAACAGGGUGGUGUGUGGGGACCCAGACAGUGGGCACAAUGCCUGGCUCUUCUACAGCCUCUCUGGGAGGGACGCAGGGCUCUUCCAUGCGCACGGCCCAUAGAUUUGAGGAGGAAGAUGCUACAUUCAGUGCUGGUGCAGGACAGUGGUAAGCCUGCUCUCUCCACCAGUGUGCCAGUCAAUAUCACUGUGUCUGAGAAGGGUGCAGACAUGUGGUCCCGUGUGGCUCAGUUGGUAGAGCAUGGUGUUUGCAACACCAGGGUUGUGGGUUCAAUUCCCACGGGGGACCAGUACGGAGAAAAAAUGUAUCAAAUGUAUGCAUUCACUAGUGUAAGUCGCUCUGGAUAAGAGUGUCUGCUAAAUGACUAAAAUGUAGACACGUCCUCCCAGCUCAGCAGGGCUCUGGCCUUACCCUGGCUCUGAUUGGCUAUCUGGCCUGUGUCUCGGUUGUGUGUUUGGUGACAAGCAUUGGCGUGGUGAUGCGCUGGAUGAGACACAGAGGCUACCUGACUUGGUUGGGCCUGGGCCCCAAGCGGGCCCUGCACUCCUACUCUCAUAAAGACCUCCACCUGCAGCUCAACAUGGACAGGUCGCUGCGUGAUGUGGAGGGGGGCCCCCCAGCAGUGACAGAGACAUUGUGUUUGUUAAAGCUCCCAUGAUGAACCAGAACACUGAGUGUAACCCUCUUCAACAAAUACACUAGGAAUGUAGCCUAUGUGAGGGCUCUCUAAAACUAAUGAGAUAAGACCGUGUCAAGACUUAAACGUAAGAGUGCAUCUGUAUAUGUGUGUGGGUGUUUAGAUGUUAAACCACUUGUGGUUACCUCUCAGGAAAAUACUUAGUGAUUUAAAGACACUUGUGAAAUCUCAGGGAAGUACAGAAUGUUUUGUUUGUGAUUAAGUGCUUAAAUCCCAGUGUUGUAUCCUCUUGUCUGCCAGGGGGAGACUGAAUAUUUCAUAUGACUGCGGAGGAACGCUCUCUGUACUAGACAUGCUAUUACACUGAGGGUGUUCUCACUCAACAUGUGUUCAUUUGCACAGUGACAGGGAUGGGGAGGGACAUGGUGAGUAGGAUGUGGAGGUAUGUGGCAGUACGGGUCAUAAUAAUGAAGAUAUCGAGGUCAGCUGUUGACCUUUGACUGCUUAUUGAAUGAGGUAAAGCUAAUAGAUUGGGGUUGUUGAAUUGAACCUAUAGCCAGUAGCCACCUCUCAUGACCUCACCAAACAGAGUGCCUGACUUUCUCUCUGUCUGACUUUUAUGUGACUCAUCCCUUUAAUUGGCAACUCCCUGAGUCAAGCCUCAGUCAUAAAUAAAUGGAAAUAGACCUUCAUAGAGAGGAUUGUUUUUUGCUGUAUACUUAUCACAUAUUUGACCUGCUUUUAAUCAGAACUAUAUUUGUCAUAUAUUGCUGAGCAUAUCUGUUUAUUGAACUUCAUGAUUCCUUGUUGCUUCAUAUGAAAGUACAGUAAUUACUCCUGCAUGGCACAUCACCCAUUCAUAGAGAGUAUUCCAGUGUAUGAGAGUAUUACAGGCCUGCAUAGGGCUUCUCUAGGCUGCAGGCCUGGCAGGGCUCUGUCUGUGUAAUCCAGCCCAGGGUUUAGAGGAUCAGUGGGGCAGGGCAGGGCUGCAGAUUACUGACUGACUGACUGACUGACUGACUGACUCUCUCUCUCUCUCUCUCUCUCUCUCUCUCUCUCU